AUACAUGGAUGUGUGCUUUGGAAAAAUUAUGGAGAAAUACUCCAAAAUAGUUGGAUGUUCUGAAAAUUAUAAUGUAGUGAGAGUGCUAUAAAUAGAUCGGUACAGUUCAAUACGACGAUCAAACCGAAAGUAACAUAUAUGUACACGGAAUUACCAGGAAAAGGUGGAGAUAUAUAUAGUUAAAUACAGUUUGUAACUUAUGUCACACAUCCGUUGAAUGUCCAACUGAAUCCAGCGAAAAUGUAAGCGAUGAUGAGGGUUCUGUAACCAGGCUUUCAUUUGAGACAAUCUAUGACGUUAAAUGGCCUACGGACGCUCUCGAGAUUCAGAUGACGAAGGCGGGUUGGACUCGUGGCUGGAGAGGAUCAGGGAAAGUGACGCCCUGGUAGUGUACGAACAGGACGAUGAGUACGAGGUUUUCAAAACGGUCCUUCAGUACUUUGAUUCCCAUGGUCUGACGUACGCCUUACCGCAGAUUGAGUACCCGGGGGGAAAUGUGAUGCCAUCCACGAGCAAAGCCAUAGAGAAUGCCAAGAAAGUACUGCUUAUCCUCUCCCAGAAUAGUAACAACGCUAAAUUCUCGCUUGAAACUUUCCUUGCUUUGGAGAAGUGUGUCAAACACGAUCAGCUUUGUCUGACCAUUUUGACACUCCGUGGAUUCGAACGCACGAACAUUGCGCACAUUCCAAUGCUGCAGAACGCAACCAUUGUAGAGCUGGAUUAUAAUCGUCAAGAGAUUUGUUUGGAGGCUGUCGUUAAACAUAUAAAAGAGCAGGAUGUUACGCUGAAGAGCGUGAUUCCAGCAGGAAAUUUCGCGACAGGCUUGGCUUGGAGCCACUUCACCGGCUAUCUAAAAAUAAUCCUUCCUGAUAUACCCCGACUCAUCCGCGAGUCCAAGACGUACAGAGAAAAUCCGGGCCGGUUUGUGGAGAAAUUCUUCAUCCUGGUUCCAAGGUCUGGCAGAGCUUUUCCUCUGACAGAAGACACGAGAAUUUCCAAGGAAGACGAAGAAUUGUUACUGAAGAAGACCGUGAAUGGCGCGCCGAGGAGAUACUCGCCCGUGGUGUAUAGAAUAUCGGCCGACAACGGACAGCACCAUUUCUGUUGUGCAGAAAUCCCGAGUGCGUUUGACACGAUUGGUAAAGUGUUUGAAGAAAUUUUAGAACACAUUACGCCUCAACAGAGAGCGAAUGAAGUCGAGCGAUUCUACUACAAGCUACAAGAAAUAUUGAACUACCAACUGAAUGACAGGCUUGGUGAUACAGUGGAAGUCAUCUUGUAUGACGAUGAGACAAAAGAUGACAGCGCCAUGGCGUCCCAUCAGCUUCUCAAGCGCUUCUCCAGAACAGGCGCCACUUCCGACUUGCCACCAACACCAAAACUGGAAAAGAAGAACAUCAAAAAUGACGUGUGUCUGUUGUACGCUGAAUGCGAUUCAAAAUAUGCCUUUAAUGUUAGAGUAGCUUUACAAAGCAAAGGGAAAAGAGUCGCAAAAGUGGAGCUGCCUGACCAGAGUCUCCACGAGACCGAACAGAGGGUGGCGUCAUCAGCGUGGGUGGUGCUCUUUAUGUCGACCAAUGCUAUGUCAAUGUCCAAGUCAGAGUGCAUGCCCCUGUGGAUGGCCAACUUGCUGAGCGUUAGCCUUGAAGACAACGAGCUACGCGUCAUACCCGUGUUAAUAGACGCCAACCCAAGCGCAAUACCGGACUUCAUACGCUGGGUGACGUACAUCAGUGUCGAGGAGGAUGGAUAUCAAGACAGGAUCCUGGAUAUCAUUAAUGGAAAGGCAAUUUCGAUGAAAGCACUAUCCCCGGUUGGUAAUGUUGCCUACGGUCUGGCUUGGGCUUUCUUCAUGAAUUACUUGAAGCACGCGUUAACAGAUCUCAGAAACAGAAGUGAAGCCAAAUUGAAACAAAUCAGUGCAGACCCCAGGAAAUGUCUUGCUACUUUGUUUGAAUUCAUACCGAUGUCUGGAAAAACAAUUAAUAAGUUGGAUGAAAUAGAAACGUCUAAAUACGGCAUAGAAAACUUCGGAUCUGUCGGACCAAUAGAAUUGAUGGUGUCUGGCGUCUUGCGAAAAUUCGAUGUGAAUAUGUAUGGAAUCUACAAGAAAACUUAUUCCAAAGAACCUAGAGAAUACGUGAAAUAUUUUAUGGGAGAAUUUGCAGCUCCACUGCGAACUUUACGAUCGAUGCACGAACUUUUUGCAGGGUUGAACAACCAGCAACUGGCGGAACAAAUAAAACAGUUUAGGGAAGAAAUGGAUUAUAUACUGUCACAAGUGACCACUGACGAAAACCAUCUCCGUUACGUCAGUGAAAAUUGCAAGCAUCUUUUGUAUGACGAUACAAAAGAAAAUCUCAUUGAUGUGCUUUUGAAAGAGAUAGAUAGAAUGGAAAGGGCUCAAAAGGUAGUAAUUAAACUUGGAACCAAUACAAGGGCUAGAAAUGCAAUGCGAGAACAAUAAAAUCAACGACUCACUUUGGCAGUGAAAACAAUAAUGAAGUCACCAUUACCCUAUGGGGAGCAAAUCUGUGAAGACAUUCCUUGUUACUUUUUCUGUUAUUUUUAUGAGCUUCUAAAAUAUAUUUUGAUGAGAAUAUGUUGUUCUCUUAUUUUGCAAAAUGUCAAUUAAAUGUUUUCAGACUC